AUGCCCAGAAUCAACAGUUAUUUAUCCGUUAGUAAGCUUACUGUUGUACUUCAAUACCGACAAAUAUCAUAUUUACCAACGGAAUACGGAGCGCAGAUUACUUCAAAACAAACCGAUAUCUUAAUUGAAUAUCUUGAAAGAAACCCAAAUUUAGAAUUAGAUUUUUCUAAUAAUUACGGAUACAUGGAAUACCAUCCAUUUGCUGUAACUCCUUCUGUAUUUUCUAGUUGGGGUUUAUCUCAAGAGUUUGAUAUCAAGCCCGAGGUUUGCGCACCUGGAGGAUCAAUUCUUUCGGCUUUUCCGGUUAAUAUAGGUACUUAUACGAUAAAUAGUGGUACAAGUCUAGCUGCACCGUAUAUGACAGGCGUAGCAGCAUUAUAUUUUGAAAUGUUCGGAAAAGCAAAGUCUCCCGAACAAUUAAAAACCGCAUUCAUGAAUUAUGCCGUCCCUCUUGAAAAUCGUGAUAGAUUAUUAGCUUCGGUACUUCAUCAAGGCGCUGGACUUAUUGACGCUUUUAAUACAAUGAUAGCAACCAGUUUUGUUUACCCACCAAAAAUUAAUUUGAAUGACACUGUCCAUUUUAAUGGAUAUCACAAAUUAACUGUUUACAAUGGUGGUAGAAGAGAGAUGAAAUAUAUAUUGUCGCAUUUGCCAGCCCCAAGUGUUGAUGGAUAUAAUAAAACACUUAGUAGUAAAUUUAAUGAGUUGGAAUUUUUUACACGUCAACAUGCUAAAGUUCAGUUUGAUGAUGAUCAAAUUAUCGUACCACCUCGAUCUAGCGUUGAAAUUUCCAUAAAUUUUGCCCCACCAAAUGAGCUACCUAAAGAUGGACAUUGGUUUUAUAGUGGGUGGGUAGUAAUAACUCCUUUGGAUGAGAAGAUGCUUGCAAUGACCGUUCCUUAUGCUGGAUUGGCUGAUGAUGCAAAGUCACUUCCAUUAUUUCAAACACCUGAAUUUCCUAAACUUGCUGAUUUGACUGACAAUUUCAUCACAAAUGAUGAUGCAAUUAAAUCAUUUUCUUUUAACAUAAGUAUUAAAUUACUAAUUGAUCAACCAUCCGUGCAUCUAUAUCUUGCAACUCCGACACAAAUGAUUUUUACCGAAAUACUUGACGCAAAUCAAGAGUUUUUAGGAUGGGUUAAAGAAUUUAGUGGAAUUAAAAUUGUAAAAAAUCCGAUAGAAAAAUCGAAUAAUAUAGUUUCAUGGAAUGGAAUAAUUUAUGAUCUAAACGAUACAGGUACACUUGCUUCUAAUGGAGAAUACUUUAUUAGGAUUAAGGCUUUAAAAAGUUUUGGUGCUAGUAAUAACGAGGAGGAUUAUGAAUCUUGGAUUAGUCCCAAAUUUAGAGUUGAGAGGCCGGCUUUUGCCAUUUAA